GUCAGCCACUUCCCAAAUAACAACAUCGGUGGUGGCUGCUGCUCGCUGAGCUUCUCGCUUCAGUGAAAUUUAUCAACGUAUCGGUCGGCGAACACCGGCUCCUUUCACAGUUAAUCAAAUGACAGUACAGUGAGGAAGCGAGUCUCAAUCUUUAACAGGUUUAUGCUGCAAAAUGGACUUUCUGCUCCAGGUGAAAAUAGGCGCUCUGAUCGGUCUGUUGCUCCUAACUCUUCUUUUUGGAUUUAUCCCUGCUCGAGUCAAAUGGUUCAGAGACACAAACGGCACAGAAACCCAUCGCACAGUCCUGAGUCUGAUCAGCUGUUUUGCUGGAGGCGUUUUCUUGGCAGCAUGUCUGCUCGACAUCAUUCCAGAUUAUCUGUCAGACAUCAACGCCGCGCUGGAUUCUCAGAAGGUGGAGAGCAAUUUCCCCCUCCCAGAAUUCAUCAUGGCUGCCGGCUUCUUCACCGUCCUCAUACUGGAAAGGCUUGUCCUGAACUGUCGGGAGAGGGCAGGGUCUCACGAGGAGAGGGCACCCCUCAUACAGGACAACAGAAAUGGGCACGGGCAUGGACACGGCCAUGGAACAAGCCCUGAUCUGGAGAGCAGCAGCCACCAUGUCCAUGUUGACUUUCAGGCUCAUUCCCCCUUUCGCUCCUUCAUGCUCUUCCUCUCCCUCUCACUCCACUCGGUGUUCGAGGGUCUUGCUAUCGGCCUGCAGAGCACUGACUCAAAGGUAUUAGAGAUCUGCAUCGCCAUACUUGUCCACAAGAGCAUCAUAGUGUUCAGCCUGUCGGUGAAGUUGGUCCAGAGCGCAGUUGCUCCACUGUGGGUGGCUGCUUACAUCGGAGUGUUCGCCGUGAUGUCGCCUAUAGGCAUCGCCAUCGGCAUCAGUGUGAUGGAGGCUCAGCUGGAAGCUGGAGCGCUGGUCCAGGCCAUCCUGGAGGGGCUUGCUGCAGGGACGUUUAUCUACAUCACCUUCCUGGAGAUCCUCCCACACGAGCUCAACUCUCCCGGGAAGCAGCUUCUCAAGGUGCUCUUCAUUCUGCUGGGCUUCAGCAUCAUGGCAUCUCUGACGUUUAUGGGCUGAGGCCGGUCGUCGUUUGUGACCUGGAUGCUUUGUGGCAACUACCGCAGCUCACUAAGACUUGACUUUGUACAGAAAGACAAUCUUUAUCAGAAAAGAAGAAGGUUUAACUCUGGAGUUUUUAAUGUCAAAGGGAGCAUGACAACGUUUUAUUAUGCUUCAUAUACUUUUAAAAAAGGAGGAGUUUGGAUGAUUUAUGUAUAUGCCAUUUCUUUUUAAGAGGAUUUUAUGUAAACAGGUACCAUUUACUGCAAUGCUAACUUUGGAGAAUCACAGGGGAAAGAAGUGUCUUAUCACUGAGUCCCCUCAUUAUCACUGAAUGAUGUUUUGAAACAUGCUCUGGACCUGCAGAAAAAACAAACCAGAGCCACUGACCUUUGACACUAUUGAGGAAACCACUGGAAACAAAGGGCCAUGUUGUGUGUAUAUGAUACCCUUUAAGCAUGCCAGUAUAUCAGUAACUCCACAUCUUUCAUGUUUACAUUUUAUCUGAAGUCAAAUGGGAAGCUUCUCUUUCCAAAAAGCACUCUUUGUGCCUUUUGUUGAAGUACUUUAUACGGUACCUUCUUUACUACAGGCUCAGCUGCAUGGCUGGCAUAUUUGAAUUGUUAUUCUUGGUGUUUAUUCACUGGCAUUUUAGUGCAAUGCUUUAAGAUGUAGUUUCCAGAAUUAGGCUGCUUUUAUUUCUCAUUAUAAACUAGAAUAUCAACAUUUCGUUCAUUUGUCCAGUAAAUUAGUGUAAAUGUAAACUGACUUCCUGAUGCCUUGAGAAGCUGCAUGCUAAAACAAAGAAUGGCAAUGACGGGAAAAAAUGUGUUUACAUGCACGCUAAUAUUUCACUGUUAUUCUGAACAUGACAGAAUUCAGAAUAUGGUAUGGAUCAUGUAAACAGCAUAUUCUGUUUGGAUGUUUCGAAAUACGCCUAUUUCUGAAUGAAGCAUUUUCCAAUUAAGACUUGUAUAAGACAUGUAAUGUGUGUCUCAGUUGGGGUUUUUACCGCAAUUUGCAACACACAGCCUCUUGCCUGUUUAUGGUCAGCUCUGUGUGUUUUCAUGGAUACGGUGAGCACAAAUCAAAAGUUUGCAGGGCUAGGGUAGAGAUGCAUGCCCACAUUUCAGGUCAGAAGAAGAAACACUCCUACUUUUAAAUAUUAUGAAAGUCUUUGAUAUGAACAGUUUUUUUAUAUGCACAAAUAUUGCAACACCUAACUUUUCAAGAAGGUGGUUGGUGGAAUGAAAGAGGGAGGCUGUGUUCACACGGUCAACCAGUGGAAAGAUGCAAAAUAGGACGAGCGACUCUAGCGCUUCCAUUUUUUUUCAUAUUUUGAUGUGAUAAACAGCAUGUUAGUGCCGUAGACCCUAAAACUGAUCGGCGUAGCCUCUAUAGCGACACCGAGGGUUGAAAUUAGCUCCAGCCACCUGUCAAAUGCUGGUAAAAUAGGCAAGUCGCUGUGGCUGGUAGGAGUGUGGAAUCCACCAGCCACAGUGGUAGGUGGAACAAAAAGUUAAUUUCAAACCCUGCCGUCACCCAUUAGUCUGUGGACUCCUUUGAGGCUUCAAGGUUUGGCACUUAGGCUGUCGCCAUCUUGUUUUUUUUGGAGCCAGAAGUGACCAUAUUUGGGCAAGAGGCUGGCACUGUGGAGGAGCAAGGGAUGGAUCUGACUGAGAGGCUGAGGACUCUAGAGGCAGACAGCCUGUCAGUCAAAGCAGCCCGUCCUUAAUUAUGUGUAACUCUAAGCCUUGAUAAAAUAUAAACGCGUGAGUUAUUAAAAAACAUACACUCCCUGUACAGUUGUCAUGAAUGUUGAAAUUUGCUAUAGAGACCAAAACCUUUUUCUGUACCAGAGGUUGCCGCUUGGUUAUGGCACGUUAAUCGAAAUAUGCACGGCUGCAUGUAAACGAGAAUAUUAGUGGAAUAUUCAUUUUCAUUAGCCAUGUAACAGCUCAGUAGCAAUACUGUGUUUUUCAGAAUAAGGGCAAAAAAACUGAAUAUUUUGUGCAUGUAAACAUAGUCAGUGAUUAUCUUCACAAAUGGGAAUUUGAAUUAAACAUGGCUUUAAAAUGGCUUUAAACAACCAACUGUUAAAACAAGCUGAUCACUGUUGUUUACAUGAUGUUGACCUUUGUUCCAGUUUGUUCUGUUCUGACACUUUGUCUGUACUGCUUCUUUGAAACACUUUCUCCAUGUGUAAUGCUUUUAUUUCUCAGUUUUGAUUUCAGACGAUACAGAAGCUUUUAAUAUCAGCACAAAGAGAGGUACAAGAUAGAAAUCAAACCAAGCAGGAAACCACAGUACGGCACAUUGGGUACAUUAAUUCAGUCUUAAGCUAUGGUGCAGGCCGAGAGCCAAAACUUGUAUUGUACAUUGUCCACACGUGUUAUAUAUGUAGAGUAAACAAAGCAGGUGUAAACUGAGGAAUAAGUAAAAACAGUACAAUUCAAACAGUAUAGCAGGCAGUUAAAAAGGUCCAGUAUCUGUGCUUUCAGCCUGCUUACACUCCAAGUGAACCAGUAUAUUGAGUCUAUGUAUGAAGUCAUAGUUGUAAACGGUGUCUUGUUCAGUUAGAAGUCAGUCAUGUGAAGAUCAGAUUGUUUCCUCAUCACAGCAAAUAGGAGGAAGUUGGAAGGUGUGAGUUGGUUGUCAAGAAAAACUUGUGCAUGUCAGCAACAACAGUUUUGCCAGUGCCACUUCAUCAUAUUUUGGGCAGAUGUGGAAAUUAUCAACUUUUUUUUUGUUAAAAGUCUGACUAAGACUAAUGCAACUGAUAACUGUUCCCAAAAGGAAUGCCACAGCUUUCACUCCAGUGUUGUUAAUGCAUAUUUUUGUUUUUGUUUGUUGUCAGAAUACCACCUGGUGCAUUAUAAUGUGUAAAAAAUAAUUUGUUCAUACGCUACACAAACAUCAACUGUCUUUUUAUAUGUAGACCUACAUAUAUUAUUUUGUGCCUUAUUAAUCUCAUGGGAGAUGACUCUGUUGUUUGUUGUGUAAACUUGAUCAGAGUAAAGAUAAAAGAGGAA